AUGUUCAAGAAGCGAUCUGUUACGUUAAACGGUCGGAGCCAGAACAAGAGGAAGAAGUUAAAUGUACGGGGGAACGAUGAUAGUCAAACAAAGAUGGGCGAGGUUCAAGACAUUCCAGGAAUACUUCCGAAGGUAGAGCAAAGAGACCCUGUAAGACGUUCAACGGGUGCUGCGCUUUUCUCAAAGCUCUCUAGUAGUAACAAGGAAGAAGUGCCCAGUAGCUACAACCAAAAAAAUGACGUGGAGGAAUCCAAGUUUAAACUGUCCGUUAAUGAAGAUGCUACCAAAGAAGAUAGGUUGAAUGCAGAGCAGAGGUUACUGAAGACGAAGAAGGGAAAAGAUGGUACAUCUGCUAAACCAUCCAACUCAAGUAAGCAGAUACAACAGCCUUCAAAUAUACGAACUACUAUAAUGACCGACUAUCAGCCUGAUAUAUGUAAAGACUAUCAGAAGACUGGUUACUGCGGAUAUGGAGACAGUUGCAAGUUUCUACAUAUCAGAGAAAAUUUUAAAGGUAACUGGAAUGUCAAAAAAGAGUGGGAAGUCCAACCCAGCAAGAAAAGUAUUGAGGGAACUCUCGUGGAGACCUUCCAACAAUCGCAAGGCUUAGAGAAUAUACCAUCAAAAUGCUUUAUAUGCGGUAACGAUUAUAAAUCUCCAGUAAUGACUUCUUGUGGACACUGUUUCUGUUCAAACUGCUUCACCAAGAGAGCACGAGUAGAUACAAAAUGUCCUAUAUGCAGCCAGGAAACUCAUGGAGUAGCGAAGAUGGCCACAAAGCUAAGAGGUUAUUUGAAAAAAAACGAUAAUUCAGGUAGCACUGACUGA